GCCAAGAUGGACGCGUUCAUUUGAACAUCUCGCCUGAGUGGCUUCCCAGCACUCCUGCCAGUCGAUCGCAGUCCAGCCAACAGCUGCUGCCCAUUCUUCCUCCGGAAUAGGGGAGGGAGAGGGAAUGAGAAGCUGCAGCGGCAGAGGAGUCACCCUGACCGACCCCGCCGCUGCUCUCGGGCCCCCUCGGCCCCACGCCUCCGGGGAGCAGCCGGGGCUCGCCGCGCCUGACGCGUCCCGAGUUACACAGAAAUAAUGUUGAUAUUUGGAACCCAUGUCGAACUUCUAUGAAGAAAGGGCAACGAUGAUUGCAGCCGGGGAUUUGCAGGAAUUUGUUCCUUUUGGUCGAGACCACUGCAAGCACCACCCUAAUGCUUUGAACCUUCAACUUCGCCAGCUGCAGCCAGCCUCUGAGUUAUGGUCUUCUGAUGGUGCUGCUGGCUUGGUGGGAUCCCUUCAGGAGGUUACAAUCCACGAGAAACAGAAGGAAAGCUGGCAGUUAAGGAAAGGCGUCAGUGAAAUUGGAGAAGAAGUGGAUUAUGAUGAGGAACUCUAUGUGGCUGGAAAUAUGGUGAUCUGGAGCAAAGGAAGUAAAAGCCAGGCAUUGGCUGUUUAUAAAGCGUUUACAGUUGACAGUCCUGUUCAACAGGCACUGUGGUGUGACUUCAUCAUAUCACAGGAUAAGUCUGAGAAGGCCUACAGUAGUGAAGAAGUAGAAAAAUGCAUAUGUAUACUGCAAAGCUCAUGUAUUAACAUGCAUAGCAUAGAAGGAAAGGAUUACAUAGCUUCUUUACCUUUUCAGGUUGCUAAUGUUUGGCCCACCAAAUAUGGAUUGUUGUUUGAACGAAGCAGUUCUACACAUGAGGUACCUCCAGGUCCACCCAGAGAACCUUUACCCACUAUGUUCAGCAUGCUGCAUCCACUGGAUGAAAUAACCCCACUUGUUUGUAAAUCUGGAAGUCUUUUUGGUUCAUCAAGGGUGCAAUAUGUUGUAGAUCAUGCAAUGAAAAUUGUUUUUCUCAACACUGACCCCUCCAUUAUAAUGACCUAUGACACUGUUCAAUGUUUGCAUUCUGUGUGGGCUCUCCGGAGAGUCAAAACAGAGGAAGAGAAUGUUGUCUUAAAGUUCUCUGAACAGGGGGGAACCCCACAGAAUGUGGCCAGUAGUAGCUCCCUCACAGCACACCUCAGAAGCCUCUCCAAAGGAGAUUCCCCCGUGGCUUCACCUUUCCAGAAUUACUCCUCCAUUCACAGUCAGAGUCGCUCGACCUCCUCACCCAGUCUACACUCUCGUUCACCUUCUAUUUCCAACAUGGCAGCUCUAAGUCGUGCUCAUUCUCCCGCCUUAGGAGUGCACUCUUUCUCAGGGGUGCAGAGGUUUAACCUUUCAAGCCAUAAUCAGUCUCCAAAGAGACAUAGUGUUUCUCAUUCUCCAAGUAGUAAUUCUAAUGGCUCCUUCCUUGCACCAGAAACAGAGCCAAUUGUUCCUGAACUUUGUAUUGACCAUUUAUGGACAGAAACGAUUACUAAUAUAAGAGAGAAAAAUUCACAGACCUCAAAAGUGUUUAUUACAUCUGACCUAUGUGGGCAGAAGUUCUUGUGCUUUUUAGUGGAGUCUGAGCUCCAGUUGCGCUGUGUAAAAUUUCAAGAGAGUAAUGAUAAAACUCAGCUCAUCUUUGGCUCCAUCACCAACAUACACGCAAAGGAUGCAGCGCCAGUGGAGAAGAUAGAUACCAUGCUGGUCCUUGAAGGCAGUGGAAACCUGGUGCUGUACACAGGAGUGGUUCGGAGUCUUCCACUACAUUAUAAAUUUUGUGCAGAUUCCAUUGUAAAUAGUGGGAAGAAUAGCACAAAAUGUGCUUACUCCAUAUUUUCAUUAACUGGAGGUCUCUCGGAUUUAAAAUUGGAGCCUUAUGUAGAUCAUUACUAUAGAGAUUACCCAACACUUGUCAGAACCACUGGACAAGUGUGCACAAUUGAUCAAGGUCAAACAGGAUUUAUGCAUCAUCCAUCAUUUUUUACUUCUGAGCCACCAAGUAUUUAUCAGUGGGUGAGUUCUUGUUUGAAGGGUGAAGGAAUGCCCCCCUAUCCUUACCUUCCUGGAAUCUGUGAAAGAAGCAGACUUGUAGUCUUGGUAUGUAUUACCUAUCUUGUUUAUCUUUUUCUUUUUAAACUUAAUUUUAUGUUGAUUAACUUGAGUCAGAGGAUAAUUGGGACAGUGGCAGGUCUAAAUGAAAAAUUUUCUCCCUUCCUUUCAUCACAAGGUUUCACUUUAAGAGACUUGGAAACUCUUCCCUUUGGAAUUGCUCUUCCCAUCAGAGAUGCAAUUUACCACUGUCGUGAGCAGCCUGCUUCAGACUGGCCAGAAGCUGUCUGUCUCCUGAUCGGACGUCAGGAUCUUUCCAAGCAGGCCUGCGAAGGAAACUUACCCAAAGGGAAAUCUGUGCUCUCAUCAGAUGUUCCUUCAGGAACAGAAACAGAGGAGGAAGAUGAUGGCAUGAAUGACAUGAAUCAGGAGGUUAUGUCGUUAAUAUGGAGUGAAGAUUUAAGAGUGCAGGACGUGCGAAGGCUUCUUCAAAGUGCACAUCCCGUCCGUGUCAAUGUAGUACAGUACCCAGAACUCAGUGACCACGAGUUCAUUGAGGAAAAAGAAAACAGAUUGCUCCAGUUGUGUCAGCGAACUAUGGCCCUUCCAGUAGGACGAGGAAUGUUUACCUUAUUUUCAUACCAUCCUGUUCCAACGGAACCACUGCCUAUUCCCAAAUUGAAUUUGACUGGACGGGCUCCUCCUCGGAACACAACAGUAGACCUUAACAGUGGAAAUAUUGAUGUGCCUCCCAACAUGACAAGCUGGGCCAGCUUCCACAAUGGUGUGGCUGCUGGCCUGAAGAUAGCUCCUGCCUCCCAGAUUGACUCAGCUUGGAUUGUUUACAAUAAGCCCAAGCAUGCCGAGUUAGCCAAUGAAUAUGCUGGCUUUCUCAUGGCCCUGGGUCUGAAUGGGCACCUUACCAAGCUGGCUACUCUCAAUAUCCAUGACUACUUGACCAAGGGUCAUGAAAUGACAAGCAUUGGACUGCUCCUUGGUGUUUCUGCUGCUAAACUAGGCACCAUGGAUAUGUCAAUUACCCGGCUUCUUAGCAUUCACAUUCCUGCCCUCUUACCCCCAACGUCCACAGAGCUUGAUGUUCCUCAUAAUGUCCAAGUGGCUGCAGUGGUUGGCAUCGGCCUCGUAUAUCAAGGGACGGCUCACAGGCAUACUGCGGAAGUCCUGUUGGCUGAAAUAGGACGGCCCCCUGGUCCUGAAAUGGAAUACUGCACUGACAGGGAGUCUUACUCUUUAGCUGCUGGCUUGGCUCUGGGCAUGGUUUGCUUGGGGCAUGGCAGUAAUUUGAUAGGUAUGUCUGAUCUCAAUGUGCCUGAGCAGCUUUAUCAGUACAUGGUUGGAGGUCAUAGGCGCUUUCAAGCAGGAAUGCAUAGGGAGAAGCAUAAAUCUCCAAGUUAUCAAAUCAAAGAAGGAGAUACCAUAAAUGUGGAUGUAACUUGUCCAGGUGCCACUCUAGCUUUGGCUAUGAUCUACUUAAAAACCAAUAACAGAUCUAUUGCAGAUUGGCUUUGUGCUCCCGACACGAUGUAUUUGCUAGACUUUGUGAAGCCAGAAUUUCUCUUGCUUAGGACACUUGCUCGAUGCCUGAUUCUGUGGGAUGAUAUUUUACCAAAUUCCAAGUGGGUUGAUAGCAACGUUCCUCAAAUUAUAAGAGAAAAUAGUAUCUCUCUCAGUGAAAUUGAAUUGCCUUGCUCAGAGGAUUUGAAUUUGGAAACUUUGUCGCAAGCACAUGUCUACAUAAUUGCAGGAGCCUGUUUGUCUCUGGGUUUUCGAUUUGCUGGCUCAGAAAACUUAUCAGCAUUUAAUUGUUUGCAUAAAUUUGCAAAAGAUUUUAUGACUUAUUUGUCUGCACCUAAUGCUUCUGUAACAGGUCCUUACAACCUAGAAACCUGCCUGAGUGUGGUGCUGCUCUCUCUUGCCAUGGUAAUGGCUGGCUCGGGGAACCUAAAGGUUUUGCAGCUUUGUCGCUUCUUACACAUGAAAACAGGUGGUGAAAUGAACUAUGGUUUCCACUUAGCCCAUCACAUGGCCCUUGGACUUCUCUUUCUGGGAGGAGGAAGGUAUCUUAGAAGACAAAAUAAAUUGCUUCAGUUCCAUUUGUGUUCUCUCACAGCUGGGGGUGAUAUGUGUGUGCACGCCUACCUCAGUGGGCAGCCCUUUGAGGAAUCUCAGCUGAGCAUGCUGGCUUGUUUCCUUGUCUACCACUCAGUACCAGCUCCAUGGCACCUGCCGUCUAUAGGACUAGAAGGGAGCACAAGCUUUGCUGAACUCCUCUUCAAAUUUAAACAGCUGAAAAUGCCAGUGCGAGCUUUGCUAAGAUUGGCUCCUUUGCUUCUUGGAAGUCCACAGCCAAUGGUUAUGUGAUCAGCUCUGGUGGUAAAACUACCCUGAAGCGUGACUUCUGCACAAAAACAUGACCCAACAACAAAGCUAAAGAAACAUUUCUAAGUUUUAUAAUAUAACUAGGGGGAAAUGAGCUGCACAAACCUCAGUGUAUUUUAAAAUCCAAGUGUUUUAAAUAUUCCAGAUGCUCUGUUGCUGUCAGCAUUAACAUUAUAUGAUAUAUAGAAGUGAGUUAAAAUUUACUUUUGUAAAUAAAGUUUUUUGGUUUGUUUUCAAAA